AUGUUCCCAUUUGCAAGCAGCUCUUCUUUACUUUCAAGCACAAAGAGGAUAAGGUACCGUGUCAUGUCCCCUCCGAAUGGCCACAAAUCCCUGUGGCUGGUGCUUCUUUUUGGAAUGGGAGUGAUGGCAAAGAGCCUGAACUGUCCAGUAAAGUGUACCUGUCAAUAUCUGGAAGUGAACUGCACAGGGCAGCAGCUGCAAGAUUUCCCCACGACCAUUCCACUGGACACAAGGCAGCUGAUUCUGGCUACCAACAACAUCUCCUACCUGCCAUCGGUGGAGCUGAACUUCCUAAGUGACUUGGUCUAUCUGGACUGCAGGGAGAAUGCCAUUAGUGAAGACCUGGAUUUCGCCUUCAUCAGUCUCAACAAGCUCAUCUACCUAGACCUCAGCUUCAACAACCUCACCCGGGUCACUUUCACCACUUUCUCCCAGCUCAGUAGCCUGGUGGUGCUGAAGAUCUCGGACAACCCAAAUCUGGUGGAGAUUGAGAAGGAUUCCUUUGCCAACAACACCUGGCUGAGGCACCUGGAUGUGAGCCGGACUGGCUUGACGUUCCUGGAUAUUAGUAUUGUCAAGGAUCUGCCCAAUCUGAAGUCCCUGGGUCUAAGUGAAAACCUCUGGAACUGUAACUGCUCCUUCUUGGACUUCACCCUCUGGAUGAAAGAAAGUGGCGUUCGCUUCCCAGAUCCUGAGAACAUCUCCUGCUACAGCCCAGCAGCUCUACAUGGCUGGUCAAUGCCUGGGGUGGAGUCGAAGCUCCACUACACAUGUCUCCUCCAUUUACAUGAUACAGACUAUGCCUUCCUGGGUCUGAUUGGCUUCUGUAUAUUCUCUGCCGGCACUGUGGCAGCCUGGUUGGCUGGAAUGUGUGUAGUGCUAUACGAAUUCCACACAACAAGGGGAGGGAAUGAUGAAGAUGAAGAUGAAGACGAAGAAGCAACCACCUAG